AUGGCGCGGAGUGAUGAAAGAUCGCAGCACGGCAAAAAGCGCGCCGCAGAGGGUGACCCGGAUGGCGCGCAACCACUAACCAAGAGAUUUGGUCGACUCCAAUUAGACAAUGUUAAGCCGAGCCCCGGUGCUCGGGCCAAAUACCACGAGACUCCGACUCCAACUCCAACUCCAACUUCAACCUCAACCUCAACCCCAAAUCCCCUCCCAGUCUGCCCACCUCAAGGCCAAGCCGAUGACCAUGAGUCGAUGAUCCUGGACGACACUAAACACACCACCUAUGUAUACGACCUAGAUCGAGAAUUGGCCGAUUCCGAUUCCCCGCCCGGCGCUCUAGUCCUUUUGCCUCUAGCGGAGCGUAUGCUCGCCGUACCCGGUUCGGUCCUUUCAGAUGAUUCCUCCCAGGGGAAGGAGUUGGUUCUUUACUCUGAUCCAUCCUCGCUUUCGGUUCCGAUAGAGCAUGAUAGUGUAAGAAGGGCUAUAAUUGAGUCAAGAGCCAGAGCGAGGGCCAAAAAGAUUCAACAGCAACAGCAUUCCCAUUCGAACGAUCCAUCAGAUAUAUCACCAUUGUCAUUGGCUCCAUUAUAUUCGAUUUCGCAUUCGGAUUCGGCUAAUGUCUGUGAUGACGACCCAAUGGAUAUUGAUUAA